AUUGCGGGUCAGAUGGUCAUGUGAUACUGCAUUGUAGGAAGAUGGCUUCUGAAGAGAAGACACUUGCGGAAGUUGUUGCUGAGGGUGAUGCUGCUGCUAAGAGUCAGACUUCGGAUGUGCUUCUUAGUGCAGGGGAUGCAAUGAGGAUACCGGCAGUGAAUGCAGAAGGGGGAUCAGCUGCCUUUGGUGCUCGCAAGUCAGAAGAUGCUGGAGUGGAGACUGCAGAGGAGGCAACAGAACCUGCUGAUCCAGACAUAGACGAGCUCUGUAGGGAUAUGUUCAGCAAGAUGGCUGUGUAUUUACAAGGAGAACUUACAGCAACCUGUGAAGAUUACAAACUUUUGGAAAACAUGAACCACUUGACAAGCUUGAAGUACAAGGAAAUGAAAGAAAUUUCCAUAAAUAUCAGCCGCAACCUUAAGGAUUUGAAUAGUAAAUAUACCAAUCUGCUGCCCUAUCUGGAACAGAUAAGUCAGAUUGAAGAACAGGUGUCGGUACUGGAACAGGCAGCUUACAAACUGGAUGCAUACUCCAAGAAACUGGAAGCAAAAUUUAAAAAGCUGGAAAAAAGAUGAGCUGUACUGCUGUAAGAAGCAAAGACUGACAUUUAGUUCUUUGAGUGCCUUGUUUGCAUGUUGUUGAAGCUCUGGACAAGGACAAGAAGCUGGACUGUUACACUGAAGAUCUCUGCAAGCACAGAUAGUGAUGUCAGGAAAACCACGGAUUGUGAUUCUGCUUUGUGCGCAGAUUGUGAGAUAGUAGAUUGUGCAUGUCUCUGUCUCUACUUUGGGGAGAUGGGGGUCUUUCUGUCCCCAAUCCCGUAUCUAUUGAACUGGAUGAUUUUUUUUCUCCUCUAGAGAAGGAGGAUAUUUCUGAAGAGAAAACAGGAUAAUUUCAUUUGGUGUGUGUGCAAGUGUGUGUGCAAGUAAAUGUGAGCACGUGCCUGCGUCUCCUUUUUAGUGCCUAGAAGUACCCUGCUUGAUGAUGAAACUGGAGGUCUUAUUGGCUGGCAGAAGCACGCCAGAUUAGCACUUUAGUUGGCACUGCCCGUUUGUAAUACCCAAUGCACUCCUCUUCCUGUUGUGAACUGAACACAGAUUUAAUAGUGCAGGAAUGUUAUAUACUGUCAGAUACAACUUUUGUGUAAUCAGCAGUUGGGGCAACAUGAGGACACAGUUACUUUACUGCUUUAAGUCUAUUGGUUAAUGCAGACUUCAUUACUGUUCACCUGGAGUAAUUUUCUAUCUGCCCUUGGUGUUUUGCAGAUAAUUUAGUUCCCUUUCUGCUCUCAAAACAGAGAUGCUCAAUUUAAGCUGCCCCAAAUCAUCUAUUUUAUAAUGCAUUUCCUUCUAAGUUUAUAGCUGAAAAAACUCCACAAGGAUUAAUUUGCCUAAUAAGAAAAGCAAUCUCAGUUUUUACUAUUUCUGUGCACUGCAUUUCAUUUCAGAACAAAGUAGCAGCAACUAUACCUUUUGCAAAGCACUCCUUUCUGUGCUGUAUACAGCUUCAUGUCACAAUUUAUUUUUGUGUUUCUUUGUACCCCCGGUUGUUAGUGUUUGUGGAUGUCUUCCUGCAUCACUGUUGCAAUAUUCUUAACUAUAGAGUUCUCCUGCCAAGGAUAGCCCAACGUCCGACCAGUAUACCAAUGCUUUUAGAUGCUGUAAGCAUAGUACAUUGCACCUAUGCUCCUUGCACAGGACAUAGGGCAUAAAGGUGAUGUAUGAAUGCAGUUUCCCAGAACUUCUCAGCUGCCAUUCAGAACACUGCUAUCACUCUGUCUGAAUGCCCUUUGCUGUGCUUAAUACCUAGCCAUCCGAUAAGUGCCCCAUUGGGGUCUUUUUUCUGUUUUGUUUUAUUUUGGUUACCUGAAGUUGAUGUCAUCCAAGAAGGGAAAAUCAGUGUGGGAGACGGAUUCCCAAAAAAUAUAGUCACAAACAGUCUCUCUUGUUUGGGUGCUUCCCAUGACUCUACCUCCUGUAGUAUUUGCAAGGUGUUUGUGCCCAAGACCGUUAAAUGGUCAGGGAAGACGAACUGCUUCUGUCUUGAAAACCAGUGGCUUAAGCAUUUAGCUCUGGUUAGCAUGGUGGACUCCAUUAACCCCAAAGUACUCCUGCUGGGUAAGAAGGCCAAGAAAUCUUGGCCAGAUUCUUUGGCUGUCUAUCCUCCACCAGAUGUCUCUCUAGAAGUGGGUGAUAGCUAUGUAGGCCAUCCAUUGGCUACUUCGGAUUCCUCCUUUCCAUGUCCUCUUGAGGCUUUGCAGGCAUCUGCUCUCGAUGUUGAGGGUGAACUGCAGUUGAUUAUCUCAGAGGGCCCUAGAUGGAUUCUGGUCAUGCAAGAGGUCCUAGGUAAACUUACUGCAUGUCAUCAGGGUUCAGAACCUCCAGUGUUUGUUACAGCUGACAUCCCUAACUAGAAAAAAACAGAAGCCUAAACAUACAUCUGUACAUCCUAAGGACCCUCGAAGGGAAUGGCAGGAGUUUACUCAGUGCCUGUUUAAUGCCUUGAUGACCCUGAAGCUUCCCCAUGGGGUUUGUGCCUAUUCCCCACUUGGACUUCAUCUCCUUCCAGAGUGCCCAGGGAACCUGAUUCCUCAGAUGAGGUUUCUAAGUCUGAUGAAGGGUCCUGGUCUUGCUCUUCCGAGAUGCCUUCUCCUCUGGUUUAUGGAUCUGUUGAAGAGAAGUCCAUUCGCCCUGCAUCCCCUUUUGAGGAGCUAUCUUUUUGGGGCACAGUUGCCAGAAUGAUGGAAUAUUUUAAGUGGAAUUCUUCUCAGGUGUCUGACCUCCAGAAGCGGUAUUAUGAGUUGCUUCCGGUGGACACCCUAAAAUCUUCUGCAGCACCUGCUGUAUUUGCUGCUUUGUCACCUUAUAGCUGCUUCUAAGACUCCUGAUUCUCAGCCCCCUGGUCCUAAAAAACCCGACAUGUUUUAGAAGGCUCCUGAGGAUUGUCAAUUCCUGUUUGCGUCCUUCUGUUGAUCUUGCUGUAUUGUCAGUCUCCUGUGGCAGGCCUUCUAAGUUUUUUUUCCAUUUACCAAGCUCCUGCCUUCAUAUAAAGAUAGUAGGGCUAUGGAGAGGAUCAGAAAGAAGGUUUAUACUGCUGCCACCUUGGCCUUUAGGGCCACUAACACCAGGCCCUGCAUGACCAGGUAUGCUUUGACCUUGAUCGCACAGACUUGUCAGGUUACUUCUGCCAUGCCUGAUUCUGAAGGAAAGUCUUCUGCUCUCUCUGUUUUGGGUUGUACCUUUUGGUUCUGCUCUCUCUGUUUUGGGUUGUACCUUUUG